ACAUCCAUUACAUUCUGCCGUCGCUCCCGAUCGCCGCCAGAUCCACCUCACUCCGUGCACCGGACGAAACACCGUCUACCACUCACACUAGUUGUUUUAAAACAGUUUGGAAAGAGCAAGACAAACGAGCGGAACAAUGUCGACGGAACAGGAACAGAGUCCCGCACCGGUUGCCAACAACGAGGACCAGAAGGAGGAGACGCCGACCGAGAGCAAGGAGGUGAAGGAGAACGGGACCGGCGAGGCCACUGCCGAACCUGUUGCGGAGGAAAAGGAGGCGCCCAAGGAGAUGAGGGCCGUCGUGCUCACCGGCUUCGGCGGGCUCAAGUCGGUCAAGAUACUGAAGAAGCCGGAGCCGGCCGCCAACGAGGGAGAGGUCCUCAUCCGCGUCAAGGCAUGCGGUCUCAACUUCCAGGACCUGAUGGUGAGACAAGGAGCCAUCGACUCGCCGCCGAAAUGUCCCUUCAUCCUCGGCUUCGAGUGCGCCGGCGAAAUCGAACAGAUCGGCGAAGGAGUCGAAGGACUUGCGGUUGGUGAUCAAGUAGUGGCGCUCCCGGAAUACCGCGCCUGGUCCGAACUGGUGGCCGUGCCCGCCAAAUACGUCUACAAACUGCCCAAGGACGUGUCCCAUCUGGACGCGGCGACCAUCACCAUGAACUACACCGUCGCCUACAUCCUGCUGUUCGAACUCGCCGGCCUGACCGAGGGUAAAUCCAUCCUCGUCCACUCGGUCGGUGGCGGAGUGGGUCAAGCCAUUGUGCAAUUGGCCAAGACCGUGCCCAACGUGACCAUCUUCGGCGUGUGCUCCAAGAGCAAGCACGAGGCGCUCAAGAACGCCAACUCCCCGAUCGACCAUCUGCUGGAGAGAGGCAGCGACUACGUCAGCGAAAUCAGAAAGGUGUCCCCCGACGGCGUCGACAUCGUGCUGGACUGCCUCUGCGGCGAGGAGUGCAACAAGGGCUACACCAUCCUCAAGCCCAUGGGCCGCUACAUCCUGUACGGCUCGUCCAACGUGGUGACCGGCGAAACCAAGAGCUUCUUCAGCGUGGCUCGGUCCUGGUGGCAGGUGGACAAGGUCUCGCCGCUGAAGCUGUUCGACGAGAACCGCACCCUGUCCGGUUUCAACUUGCGCCGCCUGAUGUACGCCCAAAACGGCGCCGAUUACGUUCAGAACACCGUCCAGAAGGUGUUCAAGCUGUUCCAGGAGGGCAAGAUCAAGCCGCUGUUGGACUCGACAUGGGCCCUCGAGGAUGUGGCCGAGGCCAUGCAGAAGAUGCACGACCGCAAGAACGUCGGCAAGAUCAUCUUGGAUCCGAGUCUCGAGCCGAAACCCAAGCCGGCCACUCCCGCCAAGGGCAAGGACAAGAAGAAGCAGUCCUCUGAGGAGAAGAAGGACACCGAAGAGAAGAAGGAGGAGGAAAAGAAAGAGGAAAAGAAGGAGGAGGUACCUAUGACUAACGGAGACUCGGCAGGUGAUUCUGAUUCGAAGGGUAAAGAGAACUCGAGUUGAAUUGCUCCAACCAAAAGUCCAUCUCUGAAAACAUAAUUAAGAUACUUUUAAAAAUUAAUAUUCCGUAGGUUGGCUUAAUAAUAAUUUCCAUGAUUUAUUUUUAAUUUUCAAUUGCAAUUCAUAUUUUCAUUCAGACCGUUUUGUUCAAGUGAUUUUACCCCACAGAUCUCAACUGAAUGAAUGCAUUUUAUUUUCAAUAACCACGACGAUGUUGACCAUAAUCUCAGAGCUGUGUUAUUUUUCUUUAAGGUUGUAGGAUUAGUGUUAAGGAGACCAAUGAAUUUUAACAUUUUACGUAAAUUUAAAUAUAAAUAUCUGUAAAUUUGUCUUAUGUAUUGUUUGUAUUGAGUAAUUAUUUUGCUUGUCUUUUAUCGGUGCUAUUUUUGAAAAAUUAAUACAAAUGUUUACAGUUAAUUUUUCGACGCAAAAUUUUAUGGUAAAAUUUAAUUUUAAGGUAAUCAAAAACACAUAUCUGUGUGUAUCAGACCAAAAUAUUUAGGUAGCGUUUUUUAUACAGAAUAUUUUUUCAAGCUUAGUUUAGAUAUCUAAGAAGAAAGUGAAUAGGAAAACUUUUAAUCUUGCUAUUUUUGCUAUAAUGCCGGUUUAUUAUUAUUCUAUGCAUAUCAAGGCUCAAGAUGCGAUUCCAUCUGGCGGACUAAAAAACCUAAAGACUUACAAAUAUUAAUGCCACAUCACACAAUGAAUUUAUUUAUAGUAGUAACAAUUUGACUGUCUGUUGGAUGGAUUCGACUUGUUUCUUUUCUCACUAUUUAAUGUCACUUGGAACACUUUUGAUAAUUACUUACAAAAAUUACUACCCUGUAUGUUUAAAUAUUAAAAAAAAAAUAAUGGCUCUAUGCUCAAUGCGGGCCUGUAUUAAAUAGUGUUUAAGAAAAUGCAGUUACUUAUGAGAUUAUUUUAUUAUGGAAAUGUUUAUUGAUUGCUUAAAUGUCUAUUAUCAAUGUAUGUAAGUAAAGUUUUUGUGCGAUAUACAACAUAUAUAUUUUUCAUAAGGUGCGUUGAAAGUUGAUAACCAGUUGAUUUCGGUGUUUACUAUAGAAAGAUGAAAAAAAAAAAUGUAUAAUCAUUAAUUAAUUGAUAAGCUGAGAAACGUAUAUUAUAAAUUGCUAUUCAUUGCUUUUGAAGUGUAAAGACUGAUGUGUUAUGCUACGCAUAUUGUUUGUUUGAAGCCUGUAUUAUAAUAAAUUGUAUAAAUGCCAAA